AUGGCAUCUCUCAAGCAUUUGGCCGUUUUGACGGCAGCGGCUGCUUGUCUUACUUAUUCCUCUGCAGCAGUGAUUGCUCCUUCCGCUCCUUCUGUCUCGAAUGCUCAGUCUUCGUUGACACUGCUUUACCAAAACAAUCUCAACUUUACCGAUGAUGCGAACCACAUCAGCGCUAUUCUACUCGAUCCGGCGACUGCUGCCAAUGCAGCCACGGCUUGUGCAGCCUUGAGCGAGACAUUGAUCUCACAGUCUGCUCUCCAAGCACACUCUCAAGACUUUAUCAACCAGCUGUCGUACGCAUUCUACGCUGGCCGCUCAACCCAGGACCAAAAGUGGCACAUUGCAAGUGGACAGACAGUGGAGGUUCACAAUGCAGCCUUGAAGUUUGCCAAAGCUGGCCCGGGCAAUGUACUCCCAGUCUUGUGCACUCAGUCCAGCCAGAGCAACACACCCAGCAAUGCGGUUGCAUCUGCUUCUAACGAGAUCAAGAUCACCUCUACUGGAAACACUUUUGUAGGCUUCAGAAACAAGAAGUCUUUCCGUUUCCAAGGCAUCCCUUUCGCAGACCCACCUGCUAGAUUCGCCUACUCCACACUCUACUCCAAGACUGGUCAGACAAUCGAUGCGACUAAGUACGGAGCUGAUUGCGCGCAGCCCUACGAGAGUUCCAGCAGCGAGAAUUGUCUCUUCGUGAACAUCCAGACUCCAUACAUCCCCAAGGCAGGAUCCAAGAAGAACUUGAGGCCUGUCCACUUCUGGAUUUAUGGCGGUGGUUUUACUGGUGGCUCUGGUGCCAGCGCUGGUAGUGAUGGUGGACAGCUUGCUUCGAGAGAAGAUAUUGUGGUUGUUGAGAUCAACUACCGCUUGACUACUUUGGGCUUCCUUGCCAUCCCAGGAACCAACAUCACUGGUAACUAUGGUAUUGCUGAUCAGAUUACUGGACUUGACUGGGUCAUCAAGAACAUUGCCAACUUCGGUGGUGACCCUAACAGGAUUGUGAUCAACGGCGAGUCUGCAGGUGCCGGCUCUGUACGAGCACUCCUCGCCUCCCCCAAAGCAAACGGCAAGUUCAGAGGCUCCAUCGCCAUGUCGAACCUCGGUGGUGGUGUUGAUCUGGGCUUGAGCGGAAACUAUGCCACAGAGUAUUCAUCCUACUUGACUCCUGCCGAGUCAUAUGCUCGCAGUGAGGCCCUGUUCGAGAACAUCGGCUGCAACCAGACGACUCUUGACGCUCGAAUUUCUUGUUUGAGAGCUACACCUGCACAGACUAUUGUCAAUGCUGCCACAGUCGCCAGAUAUAUCGUCCAGGAUGGUACCUACAUUACCACGGAAGAUUUGGAUGUGUACAACCGCAACGGAAGUGCUGCCAAUGUCAACACAAUCUGGGGCAUCGUUGCCAACGACGGAGCAUCCUUCUCGACCUACCCCAAGACUCCUGUCACCAGUGAGCUCCAGGGCAUUCAAGUCGCAUUGGGCAUCUCGCAAGCAGAAGCCCAGUCAAUCGUUGAUUCUGGACUCUUCCCGUACUACGAUACAGGCAACGUGACUUUGGACUCGUUCAAUGUCUCGCAGAGAGUGGCGACUGACAAUCAAUUUCGUUGCAUUGAUCAAGCUACAGUGUAUGCCGGUGUAGAGUCUGGAGCUUUCAAGACUUCGUACUUUUACCAGAUGCAGAGAUCAGCGGGUGGCUACGAUCCGAACAAUCUUGGUGGCCCUCCAGUUGAGCCUGGGUACCCUUACGGCAACCCUGAGAAGCCAUAUUUCAAGCUUCACGGCUCGGAUAUGCCAUGGGUCUUUGGAAACCUUAAUCCUCUGCGUGAUGCCAAUGACCUCAAGUCUGUGCAAUUGGAGAGCGGCUACUUUGCAGCAUUUGUUCGCACGCUCGACCCAAACCCACCUGCCAAAUACCUUCAAGUGCUUGGUUACACCAACACCACACAGGGAGUCAAGCAGAGUGGACCUUGGCAGCCUGUCACCAGUGAUCAGGGUCCGAUGAAGUUACUUGACUUCCCUUCUCUGACUGCCACCUUCCAGGACCUUCCUCAGUGUGCCUUUUUGAAGUAUCCUAUCACUUAUUACAUCAAUGGUGGCCUGUGA